UUCAUCCCCAUGUCCUGAUCCCACCCACUACUUGCCAUCUUCUCGCCCCUCUGUAUCUCUCUCUCUCUCUCUCUCUCCUCUGCUUUUACUAUCUCCAAACUCUGUUCGAUUCCACUCUCCAAUCUUUGCUCUCCACUUUCACUUCCAUUCUCUCUCUCUCUCUAUAGAAAAUCACCAUGUUCGAUGAUUCUGUAUCUACUGUUUAUUCUUCAAUCUGGACAUCCAUGAAUAGCUGGUUCACUCCUACUGUUCUUUUUGUUCUUCUCAAUGUCAUGAUAGGUACCAUAGCUUUUACUUCUUCUUUAGCUAGCCAAAAACAAAAUCAUCCAAAACAACAACAGCAGCACCAUCAACAAGAAGACAACCCACAUCAACACGAAGACUAUUCACAAAAUCAUCCACAACAACAACAGCCCACUAAACUUGCGAGAUCUCCUUCCCUUCUUCAACGCAUCAAAUCCAUUAAUUUCUACAAUUACAGAUCUCAAGAACCUGUUAAGGAUUACGACUUUGAACAUCCCCAUCAACAAGAAACACCAUUCGAACCACCAACACAUUACAUUUUUGAACAAGCUCCUGAACAUACUACCAUACAACCAGACACCACCGCUCAGUAUAUUUUCAAUCAAGAGAAUAAUGUCCAAAAGGCACAAUCUCAGUACGACUUCCACCAAACCCAUCAAGAAAAUCUUCCAGAUACACAAACCCAGUACCUAUUUCAGCACACCCAUGAACAGAAACUCGGAAAUAUGGAACCGGAUUUCCACUUCGAAGAAAGCCUUCCAGAUAAAUCGAAAUCCACCCAGUACAUUUUCCAGCAAAGCCGUGAACAGAAACUUAAAGAUAUGGAUACCCAUUUCGAUUUUCAGCAAUUCGAAAAAGAAAAUGAAGAUGAUGAAGAAGAGGAAGGUGAGAUAAAAAGCUUGGAUGAAGUGUACAGUCAGUUAAGGGAACGACACGUGAGCAGAAGUAGAUCAGAUACGAAGCCGUCGGCCGGUGAAGCUCCGGUGAAGUUGCCGACGAAGAUGAGGAAAUCAGCUAGUAUGAAAUCGCCAUUUGCGCAUUUUGAAGAAGAAGCCAUUGUGGAAGCUCGGCGACCGGCGACUACAAGGGAGAAGAGUGCUAAGACAAGCGAUGAAGACAAUGAAGUCGAUGCGAAAGCCGAUGAUUUCAUUAACAAGUUCAAGCAACAGUUGAAGUUGCAGAGGUUGGAUUCCAUUCUCAAGUACAAGGAGAUGAUUGGCGGAGGGAGCUAAAGGUCCCAUUCACAAGUUAUGAGCGACCCCAUGAUCCAAAGUUGGGGCUUUUUCCUUGGUCUUCUAGAUUAGAUUAGGCCAGAAGUUUCACUUUUUGUUGCAAAUAGUAAUUACAAUAAACAAUAGUUUCUGAUUUUCUUUACAAUGCUAAAAGAUUCCUAAGUGCAUAAGAUAUUAUGGUUUUAUUAUUAGUUUUAAAUCUUAAAAUAAGUGUAGCAUAAGCAUAUUUUACAAAGAAUUAUACAAUUACUCUAAUUAUUAAUAUUCGUUUUUAAAGAA